AAGCAGAAGCUGGAUCAUAACGACAAGGCAGCUGGAGCAGCAAAAAGGCUGGUUUUCAAGACAGAAUAGGUUCAACCUGGAUUGGGCUUGGAUGCCAGUCUCUUUUCACACCAGCUACUGUGGCUUUCUGUGAAUGCAUAGUUCAGUUACUGCAAAGCUGUAGCACUGCCAGAUAACUUUGGAGUGUGUGUGUGUGUGAAGCCAAAGAAGACACUGAUCAACAGCAUGACCCGAAAACCAGUUGCUACUUCUGUCUCCAAUGGAGGCUAUGCUAAAGAAGACUCAAAUGGCAACCUGCCUAUUAUGGACUCCCGUGACCCAGCUGCCACAGGUAAAGUGGAGCUGAGAAAGAAAGUAACUUUACUGAGAGGGAUCUCAAUUAUAAUUGGCACCAUCAUUGGAGCUGGCAUCUUUAUUUCGCCCAAGGGUAUCCUACAGAACAGUGGGAGUGUGGGGAUGUCCCUUGUGGUCUGGUCCACCUGUGGGUUGCUAUCAUUAUUUGGGGCCCUUUCAUAUGCUGAGCUUGGUACAUGUAUCAAGAAAUCUGGUGGUCAUUACACCUACAUCCUUGAAGCCUUUGGCCCACAAGCUGCAUUUGUAAGAGUUUGGGUGGAGCUGCUUGCAAUACGUCCUGCUGCCACAGCAGUGAUCUCUUUGGCUUUUGGACGGUACAUAUUGGAACCCUUAUUUAUGCCUUGUGGGGUACCUGAACUACCAAUCAAGAUUGUUACUGCCAUAGGAAUAACCUCUGUGAUGUACUUGAACAGUAUGAGUGUUUCCUGGACUGCACGGAUACAGAUCUUUCUGACCUUCUGCAAACUUGGGGCUAUAGGGAUUGUCAUCAUACCUGGAAUGAUUCAGUUAUUUAAAGGCGAAACUCAGAACUUUCACAAUGCAUUUGGAGUUAAUGAGGUCCCUAUCAUGGGAUUACCCCUUGCUUUUUACUCAGGAAUGUAUGCCUAUGCAGGAUGGUUCUACUUGAAUUUUGUAACUGAAGAAGUAGAAAAUCCUGAAAAAACCAUCCCCCUAGCCAUAUGCAUAUCGAUGGGAAUUGUUACUGUUGGCUAUGUGUUAACAAACGUAGCCUAUUACACUGUAAUGUCUGCUGAGGAGUUGCUUGCCUCAGAAGCUGUUGCUGUGACCUUUGCUGAGAAGUUGAUGGGGAAAUUUUCCAUGGCUGUUCCAAUAUUUGUUGCUCUGUCUUGCUUUGGCUCAAUGAAUGGUGGUGUAUUUGCUGUGUCAAGGAUGUUUUAUGUUGCCUCCCGUGAGGGUCACCUUCCAGAAAUACUUUCUAUGAUCCACAUUCGCAAACACACUCCACUCCCUGCAGUCAUUGUACUGUACCCACUGACAUUACUAAUGUUGUUCAUGGGAGAUAUCUACAGCCUGCUGAACUUCCUGAGUUUCAUUCGAUGGCUCUUUAUCGGUCUAGUAGUUGUUGGGCUUAUUUACCUCCGAUAUAAGCGUCCCGAAAUGCCUCGACCUUUUAAGGUUCCAUUGUUCAUCCCUGCCCUAUUUUCCUUCACCUGCCUUUUCAUGGUUGCCCUGUCUCUUUACUCUGACCCCAUCAACACUGGGAUAGGAUUUGCUAUCACAAUGACUGGAAUUCCUGCAUACUAUCUAUUCAUUGUGUGGGACAAGAAACCCCAAAUCUUCCAGAAGUUUAUGAAUUCAAUGAGCAGAGCAUUGCAGAUCAUUCUGGAAGUGGUGCCAGCAGAAUAAAAAAAAGAAAAAAAAACAUUACUUCGAUCUGCAGCUUAUUUCUGUUAUGACACACCCAAUACUCAUUUUAUAUUUGAUAAGUAGAAAGUUUAAAUGAAUAACAUGAUUAUCUAACUAAAGCAUCCAAGUUUGACCUUGAAGGAGUUUGACAUCAUUUUCAAUGAUGAUAUCUAAUAACCAACUGUAAAAAUAAAUCGUUUGCAUUAUUUUAUUUAACUGUAUAACAAAAAUCUAAAUGAUACUCACUGAGUAUAGAUAAGUUGUGGACCAGUACAUUUUUUAAAUUUUUUAUUCAAUAACAGAGUCAGUUUUGCUACCUACACCUGUUUCAUUCUAAAAACAGUACAGCAAUUCAGUGUUUUAAUGUGUCAGAAGCAAUAGUCCAAUUACCAUAUAAAAAAGACUUACUUGUGAAGCAAAUGCAAUUAGCUUUUUUGCUGAAUAAAACAGUUUCAACCAUAUACAUUUAACAGUAUAAACUUAGCUGCAGGAACGACCAGUCAAGAGUUGUUUCUUGUUUUAUACCAUUAAAAUGGUCUUAUUCUAAGAAAGUCUGUCUUUGCCUUUUGUGCUUGCUUCUAAAUAUGGUCCAUUGAGAGAAGCCAAAGUUUGACCAUAAUGCAAUAACUUAAGAAUAACAAUUUAACUGCUUCUAGUCAUCUCUUGCUAGUUUUAAAAUAUAAUUUACUUUAAAUUUUGGGGCACGUUUUGCGCUUGUUUCGGAUCCGGCACAAUAUUUUAUAUCUGACAAUGCGCAGAAUGGCAGGGAGUAAUUUAAGCAAACAUACUUUAAUUACCUUACGAUUUCAGGUGCCUGUAAAUAAAGGAAACAUUAGAAGAGUACUUUUGUUGGUCAUUUCUUUUUGAGUGGUAAAGACAGAUUAUUGGUUAUCUACAAAAUGUUUGAAUAUUUUUAACACAGAAAAACAGAAGCCCUGCUUACAAUAAAAAAGUUUCACGAUUACACAUCUGAUAAUAAAAAGCUGGGCUUGCUGUGCUGUAAGCAAAAUGUUCUUAAACUGUACAAUGGAAAGAUGCAUCAUCAGUGUCCCAGCUGUUUCUUAAUUUCACCCAGGCAGUAAACAAUACAAAUUACAGCUGUACCUUAGGGCAUAACUUUAAUUUGUCAGCAGAAAUCCUUUAGGGAUAUAGCUUAUCUUGUUAAAAAUGUAUAUAAAAACAAAGGUUUACAAAGGUCUGCCAUGUUUUUUUUUUUAAAUAAGUUUUACCAGGCCUCCAUUGGCUUACAUAGAUUUUGCAAUGCUUUCACCAGGCUUUACUACUCUUUGCUAUGCUUUUA